CAGCGGCAUUCACACGAAAUGAAAUGCAGCGUCUGAAAUUGAUACCCAUGCUUUCUCCAACGUUACAACGCUCCGUGUGCUCCCAUGUCCCUUUCUUAUUCUGCCUCAAAAUCAACUCCUUUACUUCUUCUUCUUCUUCUUCUUCUUCUUCCUUGCAAUGUUCACCUUGGACUGGUCUGCAAACCUGGAGAGAGUCCCCACUCAAUGAGAAUCGUUGCUGGGGACCCAAAGGCCCAAAACCUCAGCCGCUACAGUCACAGCCGUCUUCUCUUAACAGCGAUGACAGUCCAAUGGUGUCAUCAGCUUCCUCCCUUGCAGAGCUUGGUGCUCUGGUUCUCUCCACAAGUGACCCUCUCGCCAAAUCCAAGCUUUCCCAUCUUGCUUUUUCCAGGUGGCGCCUAGAGAACCUUCCAAUGGGCUGGUGUGAACCCCCUGCUCGACCCGCUCGCCCUCUCAAACCUCAACUGGUUUCCCCGAAAGAAAUUCCAGCUCCCAAGAACUCGGGUUUGCCUCUUAAUGCUUAUAUGCUUCAUAAUCUUGCUCAUGUUGAGCUCAAUGCGAUUGACUUGGCUUGGGAUACUGUUGUUCGUUUUUCACCUUUUAGUGAGACUCUAGGGGAGGGAUUUUUUGCUGACUUUGCUCAUGUCGCUGACGAUGAGAGUCGCCAUUUUGCUUGGUGUUCUCAGAGACUUGCUGAACUUGGUUUCAAUUAUGGAGACAUGCCUGCUCAUAAUCUGCUUUGGAGGGAGUGUGAGAAAUCAUCUGAAAAUGUUGCUGCACGUUUGGCAGUGAUCCCUCUAGUCCAGGAAGCUCGAGGACUAGAUGCUGGACCACGACUUGUGCAAAAAUUGGUUGGCUUUGGAGAUCUCAGGACAUCAGACAUUGUAGCUAGAAUUGCUGAUGAAGAAGUUGCACAUGUGGCUGUUGGAGUCCAUUGGUUUGUUGAUGUCUGUCAGAAAAUGGAUUGUACCCCAUCUUCUGCAUUUAAAGACUUGUUAAAAGAGUAUAAUGUGGAGUUGAGAGGGCCCUUCAAUUAUUCAGCUCGUGAUGAGGCUGGCAUUCCUCGUGAUUGGUAUGACUUACCUACAAAUGACCAGGAUAAGAAUAAGAAAAAGGAUAAAACCAAGAAGCUUACGGAGGUUUAUGAUAGGCUUGCUUCCAUAAUUUCCAUGGAGAGUGAGAACUCAAGUUUGAACAGGCCUUAGUUGUUUUGCUUCAGCAAAUGUUUUUGUCUCCUAGCAAUUGGGCACCACCUAAUUUGGCAUGUUUAGAGGAGAGAGAAAGCGCCAUCAUACUAGACCUAGAAAAGUGCACAUACAUUUUGAGUUAUUAUCUUUACCCUCUUCUUCAAUUUCUUUCUUUUUCUGCUCAACAGAAAAAUUCAAGUAGAAAAGCUGUUGUCAAAUUCUUGUAAGCUUCACAGUUGUUUUUUUUAUUAUUUGUUAAGAUGCUUCACCAUUAUAGUUUUUUCUUGUAAAUUUUGUACAUGCAUUUGUUAUAUGUACGAUUAUAGAAGUUUUCUCUCCUCUUUUCUGA